CUCUAGUCUCUCGCCAUUACAACGAAACCCAAAACAUAAAAUCAUUACGAAAUCAGUUCAAUCUUGUUUGUUCUUUUGGUUCCUUCACUUUGAAAAAAAUUCAUGGCGUCGUUUACUUCCAUUCACCUUCACGACUCAGAGGACGACGUCGUUCAGGACAACCACCACCACCAUCACCACAGCGACCAAACCCUGACCCUUGAUUACCAAUCUUACUGGUCUCCCGAUUUUCGUUUAUCCGAUCCCUCUAACCCAAACGAUGACGUUUCACUUCCCGACUCCCUCAUUAUCCACGGCCCCGAUCUCUUCGAUCGCCGAGAGAACCAAGUCAAUUUCGUCAUCGAUCUCUUCCACCAAAGCUUCGAACGAUCUCAGGUUUGUUCCGUUAAUACUCCCAAUAACAGCGAUUGCAAUUGUGGCAGCACCAAUGAUAAUAAUGAUGCCAUUGAUUUGGUUUAUGAUAAUUUGAGCGAUUCGGGUUUUGGUGUUAUUGAGGGAAAUCAUGAGUUGGAUUUAGGGUUAGCGUUAGGGUUUGAUUCGAUGGAUACUCAUGAGAGCGAUAUUGAGAUUGAUACUGGUGGUGUCGAAUAUGAUGACGGCCAUUUCUUUGCGGAAAGGAUGGUUGCUGGGUUGAGUGCUAGCGAGGUCGGUUCUAAUUUUAGCGGCGUUGAAAUGUUUGGGGAUAGCAUUCGGAUUGUUGGGCUUAGGUCUGAUUCGGUGGACAACGAGGAUGAUGAGGACGAGAAUGAUAAUAGGGUGUUAACAAUUGAUUUGAAUUCCGGAGAUGAUUAUGGAAUUGAUGAUCAUGUUAAUGAUUGUUAUGAUGUUGAUCCUGCUGAUGACGUGAGUGUUAGCAUUCCGCUUUUCUGGGAUUCACUGCAGUUGGAUGAACGCCGGGAGACUGUUGAAGAUUUCGAGUGGGAGGAAGUGGAUGGUAGGGUUGAUGAGAGGGAUGUUUUAAGUGUGUUUAUUGAUGGCGAUGAUGAUGUGAAUUCGGUUUCACUAUCCGUUUCCCCUAUGAUAUUACCUGAAGAUGUGGUUAGUUUAGAGAGGGCAGCUGGAUUGGAAACUUUGGAGUGGGAGGUUCUGUUGAAUGCUAAUAACUUGGACAUUGCCCAUGAAAUGGAUGAGAAUGCUGAGCCAUUUUUUGCAGAUCAUCAUGACUAUAUUGAUGCUGCAGAAUAUGAAAUGCUUUUUGGACAGUUUGCUGAGAAUGAUAAUGCAUUUAUCGAGAAGCCUCCAGCUUCAAAAUCUAUAGUUGAGAAUCUUCCUUCUGUUGUUGUGACUCUGGAGGAUGUGGUUAAUGACCAUGCUCUUUGUGCGGUUUGUAAGGAUGAGGUUAACCUUGGUGAAAAGAUGAAGCAACUGCCUUGUGCUCAUCGCUAUCAUGCAGAUUGUAUUAUACCCUGGUUGGGAAUAAGGAAUACCUGUCCUGUUUGUCGUCAUGAGUUGCCAACAGAUGAUGCUGACUAUGAAAGGAGAAAGAUCAUAAGAGCUGGACGUGCACAUUCAGGUUGGAGAGUUGAAGUGAAUCCUUUUUGAAACAUUUAUCCAGUUUGGUUUCAGUUAAGGUGGAUAAAUGAGCCUGAACCUGAAAACCCGACCCAAAAAAAAACCCAAAUCUGCCUGAUUACCACCUCUAGUUUCAGUAAAUCACUCUAUCUGCUUGCUAUGUCA